AUGCCGAAGAGAAAGUCUCCAGAGAAUCCAGAGGGCAAGGAUGGAUCCAAAGUAACUAAACAGGAGCCCACCAGAUGGUCUGCCAGGUUGUCAGCGAAAGCUGCUGCCCCAGAACCUGAACCUAAACCAAGAAAAACAUCUGCUAAGGCCCUUAUCCUGUGCAUAGAUCCUCACAUGAGCCCUACUGAGAAAGAACUGGCAACAAAGGUUAAAAAAGGUGCUAAAGGGAAGAAGGAGGAAAAGCAAGAAGCUGGAAAGGAAGGCACAGAAAACUGAAUCUGUAAACGAAAGAGAAUGAUUUGUCAUGAAAAUUGGGGUUGAUUUUAUGUACCUCUUUGGACAACUUUUAAAAGCUAUUUUUACCGAGUAUUUUGUAAAUGCUAAUUUUUUAGGACUCUACUAGUUGGCAUACAAAAAUAUAUAAGGAAGGACAUUUUACCUUCUCAUAGUCAUGAUUUUUUGAAAUUCCCAUCAUCCUU